UGGUGAUGCUGGAACAACAUGGCCGUCCCGGCGCCAGUCGGCCCCUCGGGCUCCCGCUGUCCUCCGCUGGUCGCCGGCGUCCGGCUGCUCCCCCUGCUGGGGCUGCUGCAGUUGCUGGCUCAGCCCGGCCUGGGCCGCGUCCACCACCUGGCGCUCAAGGACGAUGUGAGGCAUAAGGUUCACCUGAACACCUUUGGAUUCUUCAAGGACGGGUACAUGGUGGUUAAUGUCAGCAGCCUUUCCGUAAAUGACCCUGCGGGAGCCACAGACAAGGACACAACCAUUGGAUUCAGCCUGGACCGCACAAAGAAUGACGGAUUUUCUUCUUAUCUGGAUGAAGAUGUGAAUUACUGUAUUUUAAAAAAGCAGUCUGUCUCUGUCACCCUUCUAAUCCUAGACAUCUCCAGAAGUGAGGUGAGAGUAAAAGCCCCACCAGAAGCUGGUACGCAGUUACCAAAGAUCGUCUUCAGCAAGGAUGAGAAGGUCCUCGGCCAGAGCCAGGAGCCCGGGGCUAACCCUGUUUCAGCGGGCAACCAGACUCAGCCAAAACAAGACAGUGGAAAAUCUAAAAGAAGCACAGUAGAUUCAAAGGCAACGGGAGAGAAAUCCUUUUCUGUUCACAAUAGUGAUGGGGCAGUUUCUUUUCAGUUUUUCUUUAACAUCAGCACCAAUGACCAAGAAGGCCUCUACAGUCUUUAUUUCCAUAAAUGCUCUGGGAACGAAGUGCGGUCUGGCGACAAGUUUUCCUUCAGUCUUGAUAUUGAGAUCACAGAGAAGAACCCUGACAGCUACCUCUCCGCAGGAGAGAUCCCCCUCCCUAAAUUAUACAUUUCUAUGGCCUUUUUCUUUUUCCUUUCUGGGACCAUCUGGAUUCACAUCCUUCGAAAACGAAGGAAUGACGUAUUUAAAAUUCACUGGUUGAUGGCGGCCCUUCCUUUCACAAAGUCUCUUUCCUUGGUGUUCCACGCGAUCGACUACCACUACAUCUCGUCCCAGGGCUUUCCCAUCGAGGGUUGGGCUGUCGUGUACUACAUCACUCACCUCUUGAAAGGGGCGCUCCUGUUCAUCACCAUCGCGCUCAUCGGCACGGGCUGGGCUUUCAUUAAGCACAUCCUUUCCGAUAAAGACAAAAAGAUCUUCAUGAUCGUCAUCCCGCUCCAGGUUCUGGCGAAUGUGGCCUACAUCAUCAUAGAGUCCACUGAGGAGGGGACUACGGAGUAUGGCUUGUGGAAGGAUUCUCUGUUUCUGGUAGACCUGCUGUGCUGUGGAGCCAUCCUCUUCCCAGUGGUGUGGUCAAUCAGGCAUUUACAAGAAGCAUCAGCGACAGAUGGAAAAGGCAAGUUCCCUUCACGCGACCUAUUCAGCGAGAGCAGUGUCAGAACAGGAAGUCACAGGAGCAGACCAGCUGCUAUUAACUUAGCAAAACUGAAACUUUUCAGACACUAUUACGUCUUGAUCGUGUGUUACAUAUACUUCACCAGGAUCAUCGCAUUCCUCCUCAAGCUUGCUGUUCCGUUCCAGUGGAAAUGGCUCUACCAGCUCCUGGACGAAAUGGCCACGCUGGUAUUCUUUGUUCUAACGGGCUGUAAAUUCCGUCCGGCUUCAGAUAACCCCUACCUACAGCUUUCUCAGGAGGAUGACCUGGAAAUGGAAUCCGUAGUGACGACAUCAGGGGUGAUGGAGAACAUGAAGAAAGUCAAGAAGGUGACCAACGGCUCGGUGGAACCCCAGGGCGACUGGGAGGGCACCGCGUGACGGAGCAGCCUCAGGGCUGGGACUGUCCAAGAGAACCUCUAAUUUAUUAAUCGUCCUAGUGGUGAGCAGGAGCACUUGGCGCCUCCCGACAGUGACAGCACAGAGCACGCGGCUGGGAACAAAGUGCCACGGAAACCUAAUUCUCUACUCUCUUUUAUGGAAACUGGAUCUGUGGCUGGUUAUGGGCAGCUAGAAUUCUCCUUCAGGUGGGAAUGGUGGGGAGGACGUGUAGACAGGAGGAGGAUAAGAGGAAGACUUUGUUUGUAGUUUCUAUUUCUUUCUUUUUCUUAAUUGGGAACUCUCCAGAAAGACGCAGUUGUGCCCCCCAGUGUGUGGCAGCAGGGAGAGGAGUGUUGGUGGACGGGGAGGGAGGGCAGCGGCGCGAGGCUGGGGCCAGUCCCGGCUCGGGAAUGAGGCCGCAGGAAAUGAGCAGGGGCUGAGGCAGGAUACAGGGACUUAGAAGAGAGACGGAACUCACCGUGGCAUCUUUGGUUCACAAAAAUGAACGAAAUUAGGUUAUUUUAGAAGGCAACGUCAAAACCCAGUUUAGUGUACAGAGCUUGCCGCAGGGUUCCUGGCCCAGAGUGUUGCCCCAGACCUUGACCCCAGACUCUUUGUGACCAGGAACCAGCAGCUCCAGAGGCCCGGCCAUCUUCUUCCCAGAAGGGCUGUGUCAUCUGGGGGCCAAGCGUCCCUGUCAGAGUCACGGCUCCGGAACCAUGGUGGGAAGUGCUUUUCUUGAUUGAAGCGGAUGUGGUGGUGUCUAACGGAUGGACAGAAGUGUACGUUUAAGCUCAGAAAGCGUUAUCCAGUAGGAUUCCCUCAAACAUCUGGCUCCCCUGACUGCCCAGAGCAGGUCCACCUCUUCCUUCUCUCGCUGUGGCUGUGUCUGUUUCGUGUAAUCAAAAUAUGGGGAGAAACAGGAAGGAGUUUUCCUUAAAGGAGCAGCUGGGGGCAGACAAGGUAGUGUUUAAGCAGAUAUUUAAGUACAAGCAAAAAUCAUCAUCACUAAAAAGUUUUUCCUAUAAACCAGGUAGGUUUUCUGGCAGGAAUGAAACAGACCUCGUCCCCAUCUCCCCGGACCAUGCCUGCCAGGAGAGCAGGUGUGUUGAACAGCUUUUCUCUCUGGGGCUGGGGAAUGGCGAGCUCUUUCUCGGAGACUCAGCAGAGCGCCCUUCCAAACUCUCCGAGCCUGGAGAGGAGCACGGGCAGCUGCCUCAGGGGAGCAGUGGUACAGCUGGUAGUGAAGUCCUUUGGAUGGUGGGAUGAGCUCAGAAGGUCCACUGUGGCCCCGGGGUGGAGGUGGGCGGUAAUCCCCCACCAGAGUGAUGGUGGCCCAGACCUGAGCCCAGAGGCUGAACCGUGGUCUUGUUGGAAACGUUUCCAAGGGUGCCAAGAGCCUGCACCUGUGGGCCUGGGGCUGGGGGUGGACAGCCAUCUCUGGAGGUGGUUUUCUCCCCUCCCUGGCUUGAAAGCGUCCUUCAGAAACUGCAGAAUUCGGGGGAUGGCCCUCAGCUCCCCAGGUUCACCAACUAAAGAGUCUGUCCUCAAUUGUCCUUCUCCUGUCCUCUUUGUUCCGGACGAAGGGAGCAGGAAAACGUCCUCUUCAUGCACUUUGCUUAGCCUUCGGUGUUCUGCGCAGCCCUUCCUGCACAAAGGCUCCAUCCUGGCUGGGCAUGGGGUGUGAGCUGGAAUCUUCUGUCUUCUGAGGCCGCUGCUGCUCGCCUCGCUGCAGAUUUGAGGGCAGGAAUCAUAUGUCUCCCCAGUUUGAGGAGCAAGGAAAUUUGCCCUAAGUAUUUAUUUAAGGGACCGCUUCUUUGUCUUUCUGUCUUCCUUCCUUCCUUCCGUUUUCUUCGAUGGGGGCUACGUGAUCGGGGAAGGAGGUCUCAGGGAGGACGGGAAUAUUAAGACUGUUUUCCUGGUGUAAACACAGUCCCGGUACUUCCAAAAUGUGUCUCAUACUGUGAUCAAACCCCGCUCGGUGCUCCCCUCAGAGGGACGCCUUUGCCGUUCGUCCUGCGAGCAGAUAUUCUUGACUGGUCCCUAGACUUCUUGGUAAGACCCAGAAGUGUGAUGAACCCCCCACCCCGGAAAGGGUCCCUGUGGAGGUGUCCUCGAUCCACUUGCUGGAAGCCAGGGAGCGAAGGAGCCCGGGAGGAGGAGAACGCGUUGGGGCAGCUCUGACCUGACUGCCCUCCCCGAGCUGGCCGUGGCUCCCACCUUCCUCUGCCAGAGCCUCGAGCCUCGGUAGCCAUGCGAGGUCGGGAGCCAGAGCGUCGGGCUCCUGGUGCCACACGUGCGCCUCAGGGCUCAGGCGCACAGCGGCUGAGGGGCCUCAGGAUGGCCGCGACCCUUCUGAAUGGGAGGGUGCAGGCCAGAUGAGGUCAUGAUGUAGGAGUAAACGCUAACGAGUCUGCCCAAGUCCUGUAUUGUAACCGGCAGGAGGUUCGAAGUGAGGCCCAGUGAUCAAGAAAAGUCAAAACCCCAGCCCCAGUUUGGGAAAACUGGUUUUCCCACAUUUGUACAGGUUGUUAGAGCUCUCCUUCCUGUUCUGUAAAAACGUCUCUCCGGUGUCCAUCAUCUGGGCGCUGUGACCUGCCCUCAGCUCUCCUCCCGAGCAGAGAUGACUGCGGGGGUCCGAAGCCAGCUGGUCGCCCCGGUCCUUCCAGCAGCCCACGUGGUGCAUCGGGAGGCAGAGCUCCUGCAGCUGAACCAGCGUUUUGGGGCCCGGGCAGGAAGGCUCGGGUGCGCGUCCGAGAGCGAUGGGCAGUAUUUAUAGCUUCACCUUGUGCUCCUGCUCCCCAUUUCUGCUUCUGCAGGGUUGCCCUGCAUCCUUUGAGAAAGCUGCUCUGGACCGCCCGGGCGGCUGGCUGCCAGCUUUGAGGAAGGAAAGGGUCUGUUGUCCCGUAAUAAAGUGUCUAUGUUUUGCUAGAAAAUUACUACUUAGCAGGAACAACCAUCGAUCUCUUCAUCCUGGCUUCUAACAGUGGCCAAAGACGCCAUCAGCCUGUUUCUUAGGUUCCUUGAUGCUUUAAAAUUUCAGUAGCCACGUGUCGAACCUGCUGACUCACAGGAGGUGCUUACUCCAGUGUGAAAGAUGGCUUCCCCUAUCAUAGCCUGCGUCAGUUCCGUUUUCUUCCAAGAAAUCACUUUGGAGUAAAACGUCCAGGCAUGGUUUCUCCCGGACACAUCUGGGCAGCCCCGCAGCACUGCCUCUUCGUGCUCCGAGUGCCUGUCCUGGCGCGCUUGCUGACCCUGCGUUGUGAGCUCCACGGGAUGGCUGCUCCCUCUUGUUCCACUACCUGCCUCCCCCAGCCGCUCCUCCUCCCCCCUCCUCCUCUCCCUCCUCCUCCUGCUCCUCCUUAGCCCACGGCUAUCGAUUGCACAUGGGCUCCGUCUGGGACUGGGGGCUGAAGGCUUGGUGCACUGCAGCAUUUUCUCCCGGUAGCCGUGUGACAGAUGUACUUUCUAAGCCAAGGAGAAUUUUCUCGAGAGUGUACAUACUGAUGCUGCACGUUGCGCCUUGGGCCCUCGCACACCAGUGUGUUCUGGUUUAAUACUUAAGAGACUGUUACCAGGAGCCAGUCCUUAUGGACCAAGAAGAGUGUGAAAGAUCCCCAUUUGACUUGCCAGUGGCAUCCUGGCCACCUCCCACAGCCGGAGGCAUCUUCUCCCCAGGAAGGCUCUUAGAACAUUAGAGGGUCUGAUGAAGGGGUUAGCACUGCUCCCUGCACUCCGUGGGACAGCGGGACCAUUCCUGCUGACCCGCUGCUGGAUCUCAAGGGAAGCCCAUCCCAGCCCCCUCCUUGCCCCACACUCCACAAUCACCCCCUUUGCUUUCCUCUGACCCACCCUGGUCUUCUAACAGAUUGAGAAUGUGCUUGGUCUCCAGUGCCCGUGGCUGUUACCUGUCUCUCCCAUUCAGGAUUCAGUCAGUAAAUGAGAAGCUUCCCCACUAAAGAAUUUAGGCUUUGACUUGGUACUUCUUGGUAUGCCAAGAAGGCAUUCAUCUGGAACACACCAUAUGUUCCAAAAGAUUGCUCUUGACUCCAGGUUUCUUCCUCCAGGGUGCUUGGGGCCCACCUGAGUUGAUGCUAAUACUUGUCCUACCUGCAGUGUGGUUAUCGAUCAGUGAACUGAACACUCCAGCUCUCCCCGGGGGCUAUGCUCUACCCUGUACCCACUUUGGAUAGCUUAUUCUUGAAAAAUGUUUCUCGGUGUCUCUCUGUUAGGGCGUGGGACAUGCGCAUCCCCCGAGCCCCUGUGUGAGGAAGGCAGCCCGGCCGAGAGAGGGACUAGGUGGUGUGGGAGCCAGGAUCUGGUUGUGUCGCACAGGGACUGUUGGAAUUCUGGGGGUAGGAAGUCUGCAGGCAGGCCGUUGGGGAAGAAGGAGUUCUGGACAAAUUAAGGGUUGAAGUGAGACAGAAAAGCUCACUCAGUUCAAGACAGCUCAUUCUAGGGCCAUUUUUGAGGUUGUGCAGUGGACAGCCAAAUCAGAUGGGGGUGGGGGGCAGCAGGGCAGCCUUCUUAGCAUUUCGGAUACUUACUACAAAAGGAUCCCCAAAUCCCGGCCAAACGGGGGCGGGGGCAGUUCUUGGCGCCUUAAGCAGCUUUUCCCACCAUAAAUUGGAUUUGCCUGGUCAUGUGACCUCAAAAGAAGUCAGACACAUUUAAUCCAGAAAUAAGUUUCAUUUGGGGGAGAAAAUGUCUGUAAAUAUCAUUUGCUUUCCACGUUAGAUUGGGAUGCAGGAGUUUUCAGUAUUUCUUUUUUUUUUUUUUUAACAUUAAUGAUCACUGAAGAGUAUUUAUGUAAACAUGUACUGGGUGGGGCUUCCAAUCAGGGUGAGGUAUGGGCUGGAUUCUCUCGCUGUGAUGCAGACAUGUAAAAUAAAGAUUCUCUGA